ACAUAAACUUCAAUGUUUGUUAUUGUUUUAGUUAGUUUUUGGUGAUGAGAAAAGAAGUUGUUGAAGAAAUGUAUUUGUUAACGUCGAUUUUGUAUUAUCAGGGAUGAUUUUUUUUCGAAAAGAAUGGCUUCACAGUAUGACGAAAAUUUGAAUCAGAACCCUCUCCUCAAAUACAUCCAAGAGAACCACGGUGACAUUCUUGAGAAAGCAUCAUUAGAAAGUUGGAUAAUUUGUAUUCCCCGCAUUGGGACUUUUCAAACGUGUGAUUUAACACCUGAUAAAAUAUUAGAUCAAAUUUUAAUUCCUGGAUGUGACAAAGAUGAAAAUGUUUACUAUACAUUGAGCAGAAAAAAAAUUCUUGUACAAAAUAAACUCAUCAACAUUGAUUCUGUGGAACUUUUCUCUAAUGACAUUGAAAUUCUUUUUGAAGAGACAUUUUACAUUGAGAAGAUUGCAAAGUAUAAAAUUUGGUGUAUAGAUAAUCCACUGUUCCCUUCUUAUAACUAUUAUCAUGCACAUUCUCAUAAAGUAUUGGUGAAUGUUCAUGACUGUAUAGACUUUUUAUGGUAUGAAAGUUUUGGACAUCACAUACUGGACAAUGUCAAACAUGUCGUAACUCAGUUCACCUUAGGAUGUGGAGAAAUAGAAAUUGAAGAUCUACAAACGCAGAAAGAACUUAUUGGAAAGUUAUUUUCAGAAUGCUUGAAAACUGGUCUGAAAAAUGAAGUCAUCAGGAAGAAGUGCAUGUCAAGUAACCAUUUUUUGGAAAAUUUCAAAGUUGCCAUUGAAACUUACAUGCAGUUUUGUAUGGGAACAAAAUUAUCUUUUUGUAUCAGUACAUUACAACAUCAAAAGGAUUCUCAUUUGAAUAAAAUCUUGAGAAACUCUCAUGCCUUACAGUACCAGGAUUUAGAAAUACCAGACAAUUUUUCGGACACAAUAACUGCUGCAAAAUGUGAGAUGAGUAAAUUGAAUAAUUAUCAUACUGUGUUGGAUAAAGUGGACUGUUUCAAUAAAAUAUUCAAUAUUCUUUGUCAAAAUAAGGUAAAAAGUGCAUAUGUUACAACAGAUGAUAUUUUGCAAGUUUUAGCUUUUCUACUUGUGAAGGUUGAGAUUAAUAAUUGGGUAGCGAAUUUGACAUUUCUGAAAGAAUUCAGAUUUAGUUCUUUGGAAAUUUGUGAUCAAACUACUUUUGUUAUCACUACAUUUGAGGCAGUUAUUGAAUUCUUGAGAAGUAAUCAGUUUUUAGAUUUACAGAAAAAAAUCAAUUCAGUUAGCUCUAAUAAUUUUGCUGUAAAGUAUCUUCAUGAUGAAGUGACAUCAACAGAUAUGAAAUUGUCUUCGCUAAUACCAAUUGAAACUGCAACAGACAAAAAAUUGUGCCACCCGUUAUGUAUUUGUUCAAAAUGCCAGAGCAUAAAUGACAAGAAUUCAAAUUGGGAAAGUGUGAGGUGGUAGAAUACCUUUUAAAUCAGAGUUUCGAUGUCAAUUGGGCAGAUUGUUUUGGUAAAACAAGUCUUCAUUAUGCAGCUGGCAAGGGAUAUCAAAAUAUUUUAUU